AUGGUGUACAAUUCGUUGACCGAAGCCCCUCACAACCUCAAGGAGGGCAUCGAUUGGUUGAUGGCCCUGAAGGGAACUGAUGCUAAAAGCAACUUGGCUGCUUUGGGCGCUGCUAUAUACGAUUUCCUUGCAGACAAGCCCGUUGGCUUCACGGAGGUGCCAGCUCUUGAGAGAGUUAAGCUUAUCACUAAAACGUUCCUGGGGAAAUCAGCGCUUAAAGGACAAUGGUUCGUAAGAAGACUGAGAAGUAGAUACGACGGGUAUAUGAGUAGGUACAGCCCCAGACGUGGUAAGCCAAUGUACUAUCUCACCGACAGCGAUUUUAACAACGCCGUAAAAGGCAAGGGCCUAACUGCUGAUACUAUAGCAAACGGCGUAGGCGAAGUUGUGGAUGGUUGUGAGAAGUUCUUGGAUGAGAUAAAAAACCCUGACCGCUACGAGUCUGCUUACAGUUCGGAAGCGACGUGGGCCAAAUCAUGUUCGGAAAGGCCACAGGCUUGCGCAGUGGUAUUCGUGGGAAUUGCGCCUAUGUUAUACGUGGGCCUAAGUUCUUUGUUGGAUGCAAGCGCAGGUACAAUUUUCAGAUCCAACAAUUCUGAGCUCAGUUAUGGUUCUGUGCAAACAUUGAACGCCGUUGGCUACAUGGUACCGCAAAGGCGCAGUACAAUUAUUGUUUCGGAUUUCCUCAAGGCGUUGGAAGGUGUGAGUCAUGAGGUGUUGGUCACGCUCUACGACCUUGCCGGGUUUUGGGCUUUCUUUGGAUCGAAAAAUGCAGCUGUAAAAUCUGGCGAGCUUGACAAGGACGCACAGCACAGAAUUGACUUCUAUGUCAACAUGAAGCCCAUUAACCCUCCCAAGAAGAAGCUGCAGUUCAUUAAGUCGCCCAGCACAUACACUGCCACCGGAUCGAACAACAUGUACUAUCCCGGUGUGCCAACAGUGUUGGAUAUGGGUGAUACUAUCCCACUUUAA